GAUCCAACGGCAGCCUCAAUCUCUGACAGAGACUGUGAUACAAGAGAGGGGGAGACUGUCACUAUGAAUUACAAACCGUCACCGCUACAGGUGAAACUAGAGAAACAGAGGGAGUUGGCUCGGAAAGGGUCCUUGAAAAACGGCAACAUGGGGAGUCCAGUGAACCAGCAGCCCAAGAAGAACAAUGUAAUGGCACGGACAAGGCUGGUGGUACCCAAUAAAGGCUACUCCUCAUUAGAUCAAAGUCCUGAUGAAAAACCAUUGGUAGCACUGGAUACAGACAGUGAUGAUGACUUUGACAUGUCCAGAUAUUCCUCCUCGGGAUAUUCUUCAGCUGAGAUCAACCAGGACUUGAAUAUCCAGCUGUUGAAGGAUGGGUAUCGGUUAGAUGAGAUCCCAGACGACGAGGACCUCGACCUAAUUCCCCCGAAACCCAUCAAGACUAAUGUCCCGGCCGUCCCUGCAAAAGCUGAUUUAGCCACGUGCAUGCCGGAAGGUGGCAAUUAUGAAAACCGAAAGAGACCCUAACAUAUGUCUUGCUGUUGAGUUGCCCUGGAAGCCAAAGUGCACAUUCUAAGAAUCCAGGAUUUCGGACAUCCCAGCGCCAAAGCAUCCUGAACAGUAAGAAAGGACAGAACCAUGGAGGUGGGGAAGUAGCAAAGUGAAACAGCAUGACUUCAGGAUCUCCAGCACCAGAGGGAGGGAUUCUUUGUAUGAGAAGCCCUUUAUCCCCUCCCCCAACCCCUUCUGGGCACACAACGUGCUAAACUGCAAUAUUCUUUUCCGUUAGAUUUCAGGUUUAUUUUCUUAGCAUUUUUUCCAAAUCGUGCGAAUGUGGCUACUCUUGGUGGAAAAUAAAAGCACACCUUCCUGCUCAUUAACUUCGGGAUUUGGCACAGUACCUUCUCUGCCUCCUGCCCUUUGCUCACCCUUCCUCUUUUCUUUCUUCCCUUUUCCCACUCUCUUUUUUUGCCUGUGGCUUUCUCUGACUUAGUACUCAACAUUGAGUCCAGCGAAGAUUUCAUCCGGGUUGGCUUCUUGUGUGACAUUGCCCUAGACGUGCAUCUCAGUUGAGAGCACUUGAUCCUUUAUCUCAAAUGUGUCUCUUCCAGGAAAGGGCUUCUGUGCCUCUGUAAUCUUCCCAACAUCUAGAUACGACCCUAUUGCUGGCAACCGAGCAGCUUUUACUUCCAGGGCAAGCAGGCGGUAGGAAUGAGUGCAGGUUCAAUCUGCCUCCACCAGGCUCAGGCCAGGGCCCUGUAGCCUUUCAUGGAGCCACCCUGUCAAGAGAGGUGGAAAAUGUCUGCUGCAGAGUCUGGGCACGCCAGUCCACCUUUCCCCCCCCCUUCCCUUUCUUGGCCAGGAUGGCGUUUCUUUUAUCCAUCACUCCCGAUCAGGCUUGUCUGUGCGGUUGGGGAGGAAGGAGACACUGGUGCCUCCAGCGGGUACUUUAAGGGGAGAUGAUGCCUGGCCUUUUAAUUUGCCUCUUCCUGAGCCACACGUAGCUACGAUGAUGCGGCGGUUCCCGUAGCAACAAAUGGUGAUCUAAGAAGUCGCCCAACAUCAAGGGAGAUGUUAAAAUUAUGCUGGAAACUGGCACAAAAGACCAAGCCGGGAGGGGGGGGGUUGUGCUCUGAGAGAAAUGCCUGAUGCUCAAGGGACCAUCAGUCUUGUAUGUCUGUGGUUUUCUGGCACCUGAUCUCUUCUUAAUUUUCCAUCUCCAGGGGCCCCAUCAGCUGCCAUAGACUGAGUCCCUGGGGUACUUCCGUGCUUCCUUCAGUCUCUGGUUCCUAAUUUAAAAACAAAAAAACAAGACAAAAAAAAACCUGGGCUGACUUUAUUCGUUUGUCCCGAACCUGGAAUAUAGGAGGAAUGGAGCUUUUUUUUUUCCAGAAAGCCUUCCUCCGUCCCUCUCUUGCCCUGCCUUCUCUGGCAUGACUGAAGUGGCUUUUGGGAGCUACAGUGAUGGACACAGGCUUGGAAUUCUGCAUCCCAAGAGAAGCGCACGGCACGCCAUGGCAUCAGUAGCGGAGGAGAGCUUUUGUCCUAAAGGACGGUGGCUGCACCCGCUUCUAAAACGUGCACCUGGGCUGGAGAACCACCUGCGAUGCUCCAGCCUUUAACAUGAGAGCAAAGUUUUUUUAUAAAAGGAAAAAAAAUAGGGAGGGGGCGGAAGGAUAAUAUCUUCUCCAUGGCUAUGAGAUGAAGGGUGUUGUAAGGAUUUAUCCAGAUUGCAUGAAGUUCAGAAUCACUCAGCUGUGAUGGAGAAUUCAGACUCAGGUUUUUGAAGAAACAGGGGUUUUGCCCGUGUGUCCCUCAGACUUUGCUGCUGAGAGAACAUUGAAACCUAGUUUUUCCUCCUUUCCUUUGCUCUCUUGGCUGAGCACCAUAAACCUGAUGCUCUUUGAACUGUGCGGCUUCUCUUGAGAGGUCUUGAUCUCGGCUCCAUUUAAGGAAGCUUUUGUAUGGUGGUUGUGGGGUUUUUUGGGCUCUUUGGCCAUGUUCUGAAGGAACACAGCCAACGAGCCCGAAAAAACCACAACAACCAUUAGAUCCCGGCGGUGAAAGCCUUUGUGAAUACAAGCUUUUGUAUCUUAGUCGAUCAUCUGGUAAAGACAGGAUCAGUGCCACACUGACCUUUGUUUUAGGCAGCCCACCUUCUUUCUCCCAGAAAUCUGCUGCUCUUUUCCUGUGAUGACCUGACUUUGCCAGAAGGCUCUCCGGUCUUAAGGGCACUUGCCCUUAAAGGAGGCAGAGGGAACCAUGUUUCUUCCUACCCUGUGCAUUUAGUGCUGUGGGUCAGAGUCGGCCCUUGGGUGCCCCGUGGAAAGAGGAGCCGAGCUCUUUUUCUCAGCUGCCGUUUCUCAUGUGGUCCUGCUGAACGGGUAUCCGGGAACAAGCGCAGAGAGGUGACUCUUCCGAGGAGAGAGAUGAUCCAUUUGUGGAAGCAUGCCAGGAGGCUGUUGCUCUGAAUACUGUCUCACAGGAACCGUGUGCACAGCGCUGGCAGCUGGUCACCCCUGCGUGUGUGCGCCUGAAAAUGCUCUGAAGCACAGUCCACCCCUGCUUGCCUCCGUCUGCUUCCUGAUAUGGGUUCAGCCAACUUGCUUGGCUUGUUCCUCUUGCAUCACGAUGGGCUAGGGAUCACUUAACUCAGCUGUGUGUGCCGUGAAUGGCGUUCUCCUGUUUCAGCCUGGUUUUGGUCUGUGUGAGAAAGCUGGCUUGUUGUUUCUUCGGGGUUGUUCUUCCAGAGAAGAACUGGUUUGGAAAUAAAGUGUGGUCCUUUUCUGCAGACUCCUCUGUUGUUUCGCCUUGUCCCCGGGUUGGGGCAGAGGGGGAACUGAGUCGGCUCUGGAAGGCAGGGUUGUCCAGGUUCCUCUGCCCCGUGAAGGAAAUUCUGGAAAACCUGCAUAAUAUUAGGAUCUGGUGAUCCACUGUGGGGAGUGGGAAUCUUCAUUGUCCCUAAAGGAGAUUGGGUUCUCUCUCUCUCUCUCAUUCUCUCAUUCUCUCUCUCUCUCUCUCUCUCUCUCUCUCUCUCCCCAUGUGUGUGUGUGUGCGUGUGUGCUGUGGUUGAGGUGGGAGCUCGAAAGAAAGGCCAUCACAGGGCACCAUGUCAGAGAUCUAGCAUUCCCCAAACCACUUUUAAGCACAAGUAUGAUGGGAAUAAGAGAAGUCACAGGCAAUGAGGUGAAAGUGAAUCAAGAGCAUAAAAGUGUAACUUAGUCGUCACAGGUAAACCUUGCUAUCCGUGUCCAGUGGUUAGUUCUAGACUCGCAAGACCUGUUCAAUUGUACAUAUCCAUCCUUCAUGCCUUGAUUUUCAGAGUUAAUGUUUUGCCCGUCCUCUCCUGCCCGCCCCCAGCACCACCCCAGCUUAGCAGCAGACACGCCGAGGGGUGCUGUGGCGUUGAAAUGGCCCGGUUGGCACUGGCCUCCCCUUGCUCUUGCUCUUCCUGCCGUUCUCCUUGCGGCAAGCAGAGCAUGCGCCCGCCCGCCUGCCCAGUGCAGUCCAAGAGAGGCUUAGAGGGGCGAUGGGUUGCAUCUCACAGAGUUUGGGGGCACGGGAAGCAGAGCAGGCACGUUUCCCACAGUGCCCCUGGAACCACAGCAGCCUGAGCGUCGCUCGGACGUCUUGGCCUGGGGGUGGUCUCCUGCUGCAGCGGGCAUCUGCUUGGACCCUGAGCCGAAGUGGCACGUUCGCCCCUUCUCCGCCCGCCCGUCCUUGACUCAGCGUUUGUAUCUUUGAAUCUAUGUGAUGAUAAUCAUCCUCUCUUAAAAAUCUUGAAGGGUCAGUGCAGAGUUCGUUCAGAAGUCCAGGCUUGGCUGCCUGUGGGCACCGAGCCAAUGUGCACCUUAUUCCUAGCAAUGGAUUGGUCAGAUCCAACCCAACCUCUUUUUUUCUUUUUCUUUUUUUGCACAUGCUACGUUUACAACACAGUUCAGAGGAGUGACAGUCCUGUCCACGGAAGCAGCGGGCAGGAAGCAGCUGCUCUUUUGAAACAAAAUAAAAUUAUCAUUUCAGAAAGGUGAGGGGAACCCUUUUUUUCUUUCUUUUUUUUGCACUAUCUGUUAAACCAUGUCUCCUCUCUCUUCUCUCCACCCACCCUACCCCAUCCCUACUCAAAUAAAGCAAGGUGAUCAGGGCUGCUAUAUCAGUCCAUGGAACUGCUGAGAUGUGGCAGCGAUGGCCCCGUGCCUGACCUUCACGAACACUCUGAAACAUGUGCCACGAUCAAAUGCGUGUCUGUUCCUUUGCAGAGCAAGUGACGUCUUUUAGGGGAAGCCAUUCUGAACAGAUAGAUUUCUUUCCCCCAGCUGGAAACACUUCUUUCCGUACCCAUUUUUUAAGGAGUCACACUCGUCUGUGUCAGGAUUUGCAGGGGCGCAAAGAGAAAAUUGACCUAGCAUGUCGGUGGGAGGGGGGGGACACUUCCUUUUGGUAUUUUUCAACCCAGUACUCUUAAUACUGAACCAGCUUAUAAAUUCCCAUCCAUGCUUUGACUCUUCCAGGUGUAGGACAAGAAAUGCUCCAUUUUAAAUCUGUGCUUGGUUGUUUGUUUUUUCAACGAAAACCUUUUUGAUGGGCACUGUCGUAUCACCAACCUUUUAACCUUGCUGCCCAAGCGCAGGGAUGAUGUGGGUGGGGGAUCCUCUUGUUUCGGUUUAUGCCCGCUCCUCGUAAGUCAACCCGCAUCCUCUAGCAAACGUUUGUCUUAACUUUUGCUUUCCUGAUCCAAACAAUGUAGCACAGUCCUAUUUUUUCCCCAUCAUGUAGAAUACUGCCUUAAACAGAUCUGUUCAGUUGUGUUUCUUUUUUAUUAUUAUUAUUUUACCAUCAGGUUUUAUGUAUUAAUUUAUUUUUAAAAUGUGGUUUUUGGAAGACAUGAUACAUGUAUAAUAAUUUUUUAACAUUUCCAUUGCAGUAUUUAUCAUUGUUACUGGUUGUGUGUAGUGUAACGGAAUUAAUAUUAAAAAAGCAU